GGCAAAUAGGCUCUCACGGAACCCUGGGAACGGAGCAGAUCACAUGACCCUUCGGAACGUCAGCGUCGCUGAAAUCGCGCGGAAGGGGAACAAGCACGAGCGCCCUCUUUGACCACGACAGAGCACAACGCAAAUAAAUCAUUGAAUGUGGACUUUUCAGCAUAAUCAUGGCAGGAGACAUUGUAGUCGGCGUGCUCUAUAAUGUUGCAUUACCACUACUUUUACUAACAGCAAUAGCUUUUCGAUACAAUGGUCUUUCUGUGGUGUAUCUGCUGUUUCUGUUGUCUGUACCUCUCCUACCAAGCCCCUCACAGUCCUCCAUGAAGGUGAGUGGGCCAUUGGACAAUGUGCUCUAUCAUCUUGGAAUUGUGAGAUUCAAUGAUGUGAAUGUUGGUAACAUAAUUCGCCACUUGGUGCCAGAUUUUGGUUUGUUUCUGGCAUCAAUGUGCAUUCGGAAUUUGUGCAACAAGCUACUGAGGCCACCUACCAAUGUACAAGAAGAAAAUUCAAUUCACCAAUCUGAGACUGAGGAAGCAUCCGAAACAUCUGACUCAGAGUAUGAAGAAGAGAGUGAGGCUUCAUCUACAGAGAGUACGGGACAGAUUAAAGCACCCCCAGAAACCCCUCAGUUUGUGCAGAAACUAAUAGUUUUUGCAGCUGGUCUAAGACUACUGCUCUCCACUAUGAUGAACACUGCUGGAAAAGUAGUAGUCACUGUCCUGCUGGGGCUUGCAGGUAUAGCGCUACCUUCCUUGACAUCAGCAUUAUAUUUCGGGUGCUUCCUGUGCCUUGUGUGGUGUUGGAUACUAGGCUUCUCUAUUGACCUGCUCCAUUUCAGCACAUUGUGUAUAAUGAUGAGUAUAUUUAGUGGUGGACACAUCCUGGUUCUCUACCUCUAUCAGCUACCUCUGUUUCAGCAUCUCAUACCUCCUGAGGACAUUUAUGCAAGGUUAUUUGGCAUGACUGCCUUUAUCCACACAAACUCAUCAGAGCCAUAUAGUCUGGGCCUGCAUCCAGAUAUGAGCUGGCCUAUGAUAAUAAACCCCCUGUUACUCCUAGUACUCUACUACACACUUGUGGCUCUUCUACAAAAAUGGGCUGUCACAGCUAGAGAGGAUGAUGAAGAAGAGCUUGAAAGUCCUUCAAAAGAAUCAAGCAUUCUGUCUAAUUUCCCAAAAAUAGCUGAUGGAGACUAUCUUUCAUCUGGAAUGACAGAUCAUAUUAUGAUACUAAACAACAGUUGGCAGAACAAUAAUCCUUCUGGGCUGGACCCACUUCUAUCAGAUGCUGACUAUCUACAGUGUCGUUCCCUACCAAUGUACAUCCAGCAUGAUUGCUCUUAUGAUGCUGCAGAAGAACAAGAAGAUGUGAGCUGUGAUACUGGAGAUGGAGUAACGGAAGCACUAACUGAUGAAGAGCCAUUUUCUACUUCUAAAGCGAGUGCCUUCACUCUGAUUUGUCUGUCUAUUAUGAGACAGAGCUACAUCAUUGCUCUUAUCAUUAUGAUGAUAUGGAGCAUCACUUACAAUUCCUGGCUCACAUUUGCCUUGUUGGUAUGGUCCUGUGUUAUCUGGAUGUCAAGGCACCGGCGGGAGUACACCAUGAUCAGCGCUCCGUUUCUUGCUGUUUAUUGCACACUGCUGUUAGUGGCUGGUUUUAUUAGCGCUUUCCGUCUCCACCACAGUGAGCUUUUCCCUACUCUCCCCAAAGCUGUUCUGGUUGAUUUUGAUCUCUACACUUAUGAAACACCCUGUCUUCACCUGGGAGCAAAGAUGAUUUAUUCAUUUAGUUUCUGGAUGUUGCUACGACAACAGUUAAUUGAGAAACAAGAAGAGCAACAGCUAAAAGAAGAGAGUCUUCAUGAGGUCAAAAGUACAAGCAUAGCUGAUAAAACUGAAUCCUCCAGCAUGGUGAAUAGAAUAGGAGCAUUUUUUAAAGGCCUUUUGGUGAAGUACUGGAUAGUCUGCUGCUGCUCCAUGUUUUUUGUCAUCAGUUUCUCUGGGAAAGUGGUUGUCUACAAAAUCCUAUACAUCUGUUUGUUCCUCUUCUGUGUGGUUCUCUACCAGGUCCAGUAUGAUGUAUGGCGGCAGGUUCUGAAGUACUUCUGGGCUGUUGUGGUUGGAUAUUCCAUGUUGGUUUUGAUUCUAAUUUACAUGUACCAGUUUAAGACUGUUUCAGGCCUGUUUCGUCAAAUCAUAGGCAUGUCAGAAGAGGGACUUCGAGAUCUUGGCCUGGAGCAAUUUGACACUGUAGAGUUAUUUGCACAGAUUUUACUUCCUGCUGCCUUCUUACUGGCCUGCAUCCUACAAUUGCACUACUUUAACUGUGAUUUUCUCACUCUUACUGAUCUAAAGAAUGUUCCUGUGUGUGAUGGCACUUCCACAGAAGAACAUUUGAGAGAGACACUGAAAAUUAUUUCAGAUAUGAUAAAAGAAAACAUAAAAAAAUUACAAAACCGGCUGGUAAAAGAGCAGAUGAGUGCAGAGGGGGAUGAUCUGUUGGGCAGCUUAGAACUUAAUUCCACGUCAGUUAAAGAUGAGGAAGAAGAAACAGAAGAAAAAGAAUCCACAAUGAACAAAUGGUUUUUAAAGGUGGAUCGGAUAAGCUUAUUCACAUUACAUGCCCUGCUGUGGUUGGCUAAGGGUCAGGAGUGUUGUUGGAGAUUGCUGGAGCUGAAUAGCCUGAAACUUGUUGCUGCAGGCAUCAUCUGGGUUAGCCUAAAAGAGGUGUCUCUGAUGAAUUUUGUAUUCCUGGGAUCAUGGACAUUUGCCGUCCCAUAUGCAAGACUGCGGCCAAUGGCCUCCACUGUAUCCUCUGUCUGGGCAUGCGUGAUGGUUGUGUGUAAAAUGAUGUAUCAGUUGAAAUUCAUCAAACCAGCAGAGUUUUCUGUUAAUUGUACCACUGAUUUGCUGAUGUCUAAUCAGACCUGGUACAAUGGGAAUGUGGAACAGCUUUUGCAGAAAUCUCUUUUGUAUAUUGAACCUGUAGAUCCAUCUAUGUGGAUUGGCAGUUUGAGAAAAUGUGGGGAUGCCAUUUUGCCUUGCCUACAGAAUCAUUUAUUAAUACUGGGCCUCCUUGUGUUUGAUGUGACUGUCCAUCGGCACCAGCUCUACCACUGUCUCCAUUUGAACAUAAAACCUCCUCUCAAAGGCACUGUUUUUAAGAAUGUAACAUGGCAGCACCUGGAUCAUGGCAUCCUGCCCUGCCUCAAAUAUUUCUGCAAUUAUUUUUUCUACAAGUUUGGCCUUGAGAUAUCAUUUGUAGUGGCAGUGAAUGUGAUUGGCCAGCGGAUGGAUUUCUAUGCCCUUCUUCACUCAUUUGCACUGAUAGCAGUUUUGGGACGCCGUCGCAGAAAGGCUAUUGGUGAAGUUUGGCCCAGAUACUGCUGCUUUACUGCCAGCCUCAUGGUGCUCCAGUAUUUGCUCUGUAUCGGACUGCCUCCUGCACUCUGUAUUGAUUAUGCUUGGAGGAAAGGCUCUAAAGCUCUCAGCUCCAAUCAGAUCAAGUGGUUGUAUUUGCCAGAUUUCGCCAUGCAGCCUAACCCCACUUUCAUAUUUUAUGACUUCUUGCUGUUGUUGGUAGCCUCUCUGCAGUGGGAGGUGUUUGAAGAAGAGAAUAAGGCCUCUGUGAGACUUGUGGCAGGGGACAAUGUGGAGAUCAGCAGAAAAUUAGACUCUCGCUCACUUAACCAGUACACAGCAGUUGCCAAUUUUCUGCACUGCCGGUCAUAUCUUGACAUGGCAAAGGUCUUUGUAUUUAGUUACUUCUUCUGGUUUGUUUUAUGCCUGGUCUUCAUCACUGGCACAACACGUAUCAACAUAUUCUGCCUGGGCUAUCUAGUGGCCUGCUUCUAUUUCAUGCUUUUUGGUGACACAGUGCUACUGCAGCCUGUAUGCUACAUACUCAGACUGUGGGACUGCCUUAUUGCAUACACCUGUGUUGUGAUUUGCAUGAAAAACUUUAUCUCUCUGGGAUCCUGUGGUUAUCUGGACAGUCUUUUAAAGAAAGCCUGUUGGCUCAUUCAGGCUUUCAGUAUGUUCUGUACUAUCAAAGGCUAUGAUGUGCCUUCACCUACUGAUGACUGCGAGCUGCCAGUUGGAGAGGCUGGUAUUGUAUGGGAUGCAGUUUGUUUUACUGUGCUACUGGUUCAGAGAAGAGUAUUUCUUAGUUACUACUUCUUGUAUGUUGUAUCAGACCUUAAAGCUGCUAAGAUUCUUGCAUCCAGGGGUGCAGAACUAUUUGAAGCCAAAGUUAAGAAACGUGUGGCAGCUAGAUUGGAGUUAGAGAAGAAAUCUGUGGAGCUGUUGAAAAAACAGAUGGAGAAAAUCAAGUCAAAACAAAAGAAUCCACCAGAACAGGCUGCUACAGCACUGGACACAAAAGGGUCUGGACAAAAGAGUGAUGCAGAGCAAAAAAAAGAAAGUGAUCACACGGAAUGGUGGAAACCAUGGACCUCUCGGCCCUCUGUCUGGGACACCUGUGGGUAUCGCCUCUUUGAAAGUGACAGUGAAGAAGAGGAGGGAGAAGUGGACAGCAAAAUAGAAGAAGAAUCUGUGAUGAAAAAGAAAUCUGCUCUUCAGUUGGCUUAUGAAGCUUGGUCAGCAGGGUCCAAGGCUGCUCUUAAUACUCAUAAGAGGGAGGAGGUUCAACUGAUGAGAGAAGAGAAGAGAGAACUGUGCAAUGAACAGAGCACAGAAAGAUUCAUGUCAAGUGAUGAUGAGUUGGAAGAUUCCAGUCUUGAACCAAAGGAGGAAGAGAAAGCUAAACUAUCUGAGCGGAUUAUUGAUGGUUUGAAGUUUAGCUUGGUCUUCAUUUGGUCACUUAUUGAUGAUAUAACUUCGGGUUUGAACUCAUUCUGUAAGGACAAUUUGGACAUCUCGAAGGUGUUACGCUUGGAAAGGGCACUGCUAAGCCAGCAACAGAACAAGGGUAAAGAUGUGUCCCAUGAAAGUAUUCAUAAAUUUUACCAGAACCGCCUGUCAAGACAGAACACACAAACACUGUUGGAUGAGGAGAUAAUUACAAGUGCCAGCUCACCACCACCAUUGCCUAUCAUGCCUCAUGGCUAUGCCCAACUAAGGAGUGCCAAUUCCAAACUCUCCUGGAACAGCAGUUUAUCCAGCUGUCAGACUGAUGAGACCAUGCUAAUGUCACGGCAGCCAACUCUCAAUGAUGACCUUGAUGAUGCCACCUCUAUAGUGUCUCCCAAAACUGAACUCUCCUCUGAACAGCGACGUCAGAAACUUAGUAGAUCAGCCAAUGUAGACAUAGUCUCGUUUGAUCAAGUGGACCUUCUGCUAGACACCGAAGAGCCACAUGCUAUAUGGGAAGAGAAUCAAGACACCGAUGACAAAAUGAACAGUGAAUGGCAGGAUGGGAAAGAGGAUGAGAAAGAAGAAAUGGAGGACAAGCAAGAAGAUGAGCAAUUUGAGAAGAAAUAUGAAUUGCUUAAGUCAGCAUCACUGGAGUCGUUGGUCAUGGAGGUGGAAAGCGAGAGUAUUUCAGAACCUCAGCCACUUACUCAGGAGACCAGAGCUCUCACUGCCAGUGAACUGCUGCUUAACAAUAUGUUCCAGAUUCCAGAAAUUGAUGAGUCGGAUAGGUUUUACCUCUCGAUUCCGCGGCUCCUGCAGCUCUUCUUUGCCCUAUAUAACACCAUGGUUUCCCAGUCAGAGAUGCUCUGCUACUUCGUCAUCAUUCUAAAUCACAUGGUGUCUGCCUCGCUGCUCACGCUCUUCCUCCCCAUACUCAUCUUUCUCUGGGCUAUGCUCUCUGUUCCUCGGCCCACUAAGCGAUUCUGGAUGACUGCCAUCAUUUACACUGAGCUUACAGUGGUAGUGAAGUACUUCUUCCAGUUUGGCUUCUUUCCUUGGACUACCUCGGCAUAUCGUGGCAUUAAUGCAGACAGGCCGUUUGCUCUGCCGAACAUCAUAGGAGUGGAAAAGAAAGAUGGCUAUGUUCUGUUUGAUCUUAUUCAGCUACUUGCUCUUUUCUUCCAUCGUUCCAUCCUCAAGUGUCAUGGUCUCUGGGACAACAAAGAGGUAGAGAUGCCUGAUUUCCUUAAGAAACUGAAAAAGAAAGCAGCAAAAAACAGGCUAAGUGGAGGACAAAAGGGAGAUAGAAAAAGACGACUUGGUUUCUUGCCACUUCAGACCUCCACUGCUAAGAUAUUUUUUAGAAGAAAAGAAGAUUCGGAAAGCCAUGAUGUAAGCCGGUUGAAACAAAAUCGGCCAAAGAAGAGGAAACGCCAUUCCAGAGUACCUUUAUCCAGAAAAGAACAGUUCAGAAAGUUGGUGAGAGAGAAAAUGCUUGACGCUAAGACUGCUAUCAUAGAAAUAGCUCUACAUGUGUACUUACCUAUCAGACAGUUUUUCUAUGACAUCAUUCAUCCUGACUACAGCCCUGUAUGUGAUGUAUAUGCUCUGAUGUUCUUGAUUGACGUUGUGAAUUUUAUCAUCAUCAUCUUCGGCUACUGGGCUUUUGGGAAACAUACAGCAGCUGCUGAUAUCACUGAAUCUUUGUCUGAGGACCAAGUACCUGAGGCCUUCCUUGUUAUGCUUCUCAUCCAAUUUGCAACUAUGGUUGUUGACCGGGCUCUCUACCUGAGGAAAACUUUGUUAGGAAAGUGUGUGUUUCAGGUGGUUUUAGUUUUUGGAAUACACUUCUGGAUGUUCUUCAUACUCCCUGGCGUCACUGAGAGGAGGUUUAACAGAAAUCAUGUUGCACAGCUGUGGUACUUUGUGAAGUGCAUCUACUUUGGCUUGUCAGCAUAUCAGAUUAAAUGCGGCUACCCAAAUCGAGUCCUGGGCAAUUUCCUCACUAAGAACUACAACUACAUCAAUCUCUUUCUCUUCCAGGGCUUCCGAAUGGUUCCCUUUUUGACCGAGCUGCGGGCUGUGAUGGACUGGGUAUGGACAGAUACCACUCUCAGCUUGUCUAGCUGGAUUUGUGUGGAAGACAUAUAUGCCAACAUAUUCAUUCUCAGGUGCUGGAGAGAGUCUGAGAAGAAAUACCCUCACAUUCCUGGACAGAAAAAAAACAAAAUGGUUAAAUAUGGUAUGGGUGGUGUGAUAAUUUUUUCCCUCAUCUGCAUUGUCUGGUUUCCACUUCUCUUCAUGUCACUGGUCAAAUCAGUAGCUGGAGUAACCAAUCAACCAUUAGAUGUUUCCAUCCAGCUUAGCAUAUCAGGAUACGAGCCUUUGUUUAGCAUGAGUGCCCAAGAACAGAAUCUAAUGCCUUUUUCUGAAGCUGCAUACCAAAAGAUGACAAAAGUUUAUGCCACUUACCCGUCUGCAAUGCAGUUCAUAGUAAACUACAUGGCAGAGGACAUAGUAAUAGCAAAAGUUAAAAGUGAUGCCAGUUUGCUGUGGAGCAUCAGUCCAGCAAGCCAUGAAGCCAUGAUUCAUGAACUUAGCAAUUCUUCACACAUUUACAUUACUAUGCGCUGGACCAUAACAAGAAAUGCAUCCAUUGCCAUGAACGUAGAGACCAUAGGUGAACACACUAUGAAGUAUGAGGACAAAGAUCUGCAACAUAACCUUGUGCAAAUGCUCAAAGGGGCACGUACCAAACCAGUGAUAAUUGAAAACCUGAUGCCUAAAUAUAUUCGAGGACCCUCGGGACCAGAAGCAAAAAUGGCUCAUAGACUUAAUGUUGAACAUUCCGAACGCCCUGAUGACCAUAAUUUGGUCUUCUUCCACCCCUUGUCCAUCAAACUGAAACAAGCCAACAGUAGAAAUGAGGGCAAUGCCCCAUACUGGUGGGUGGUGGAGGAGUGCAGUCCAGACCAUCCAAUAACCAGAUGCCAGAACAUUGAAAUAGUGGUCUUCAAUGAUAAAGUCAGUCCAUCCAGCCUGGGAUUCUUAGCUGGAUAUGGCAUUGUGGGUCUGUACAUGUCAGUGGUGUUGGUGAUUGGUAAGUUUGUGCGUGAGUUCUUUAAUGGAAUAUCUCGUUCCAUCAUGUUUGAGGAACUACCAAAUGUGGACCGUGUGCUGAAACUGUGCACCGACAUCUUCGUUGUUCGGGAGACUGGCGAGAUGGAACUAGAAGAGCAACUGUUUGAGAAACUCAUCUUUUUAUACCGUUCACCUGAAACCAUGAUCAAAAUGACCAGGGAAAAGAAAACAGACUAGUAUUUCUUAGCUUCCUUUAAGUGAUAAUUGCUGUUUUUUUAAAUGUCCCUACCAGAAUUUUAAUAGUGUUGUCCUUCUUUCCUAAUUAAGUGCCCAUUUAAAUAUUUCCUAAAGUGCCCAAUGCUAUGUAUUAUCAGUCUUUAUCACUUGAGCAUGAAAUUCUUUAUACUUCCAUUCUGCUUUAUACUUUAUAUAUGACACGUACUGGUGUGUAUGGAAAAAACUGGAUACUGCAGGGCUUAAAGGCUGCAGGAGUGAAAACAACAGAUCAUAAUAUUAUUUUGGUUUGCUGCAGAACCUCUUGAUGCCACAAAUUAGUCUCUUAGGGAGAUGUUUUAAAAACCUUUAAGCCACAUUUUUCUUAAGGAGAACUGACUUAAGCCCUGCCUUACUGUUUAUAGUGCAUGUGCCUAUUUCAUAAAUCAUUUCACUGCAGCUGAAAAAAGGUGCCUUUCCGUUUUAAUGUUAUUUAAGUAUUUUAUUUCUGUGGAACUCUGAGUUGCAAGCAAGUGACAAUUCAUUUGGAUAACUAUGCCACCCUUUAGAAAUAGACAGGCAAUAAUCAAGAAUCCUUGAUCUAUCAUACAGAAAAAAAAAAACUUACAAAAAUGAAUAAUGGAAAGGACAAA